AUGAAGGGCUUUGUCGCUGUCCUCGCCGUGCUGGCUGGCAUUGUCGCCGCCGACCCGAUCACGCUCCCGAUCCAGCGCGCAGUCGGACAACAGCACCUCGCUAAGCGUGACGGUACUGCUGCUGCCCCGGUUACUGCCUGGGGCGGUGAUGUUGUCUACACCGUCAAGCUGGAUGUCGGCACCCCUCCCCAGUCCUUUGACUUCAUCCUUGACUCGACCAACAACAUAAUCGGACUCCUCGAGGCCCCGUGCGCCACCUGCCCACCCGGAAACCCCCUGUUCGACUCCAAGAAGAGCACCAGCUGGACCGCGGCCCCCAACAACUCUCUCUCUGGGUUCGGGGACCUUGGUACUGACGUGGUUGCGCUCGUAAACCAGAGCACCAAGUUUGGAAUUGGCCUGAUCAACACCCUCAAUACCGGCUUCCCGAUCCCUCCUGGCGUCUCCGUGUCCGGUGUCCUCGGCCUCAGCCCCCCGCCCAACGACCCCAAGUUCCCGACCCCGCUACUUUACGACCUGGCCCAGAAGUGGACCAACAAGGUGUAUGGCAUCCAGCUCCAGCGUACUCGUGCUACCGUCAACGACACGGUGUUUUCCAGCCAGCACGUGGGCGGUGGCUCGCUCACUCUCGGCGGUGUCGACGCGUCCGUGAUCACAGCCAGCAUCAACUACACCCCCGCCCUCAACCUCUCCGGCAUUGUUGGCAUCUGGGCUGUGCCCCUCGACGGCAUCAACAUCGGCGGUUCCAAGGUCGCAGCCGCGCAGGCCACCCCCCUCAUCGCCUUCCCCGACUUUUCCCACGAGGGACUCUAUGCUCCUCAUGAUGUCGUCGCGGAGUUCUACUCUCACGUGAAGGGAGCCAUCCCGAUCAAGAACGGCGGUGUCCAGACCACGUGGGUGUUCCCCGCCGGCGCGGACACCAUCGCCGCCGACGCGAAGGGGACCCAGUCGACCGCGAACCUCGGCCUCCAGUUCACCAUCGGCGGCGUGUCGUACGCCGUCGCCGACGCCGACCUUGCCAUCGAGGUCGUCACUGCGGACGUCCUGACCAAGAACUAUGGCGCGAGCGCGUCGCAGGCCGCCGCGGCUGCCGCGUGGGUCAUCGGCUCGAUCCAGGAGGUGGACCCGAACGCCUGGGUCCCCGGCGCCCCGCCCGGCAUCUCCCUCGGCAACAGCUUCCUCCGCAACGUCUACACUGCCUUCCAGUUCUCACCCAACGCCGUCGGCUUCGGCCACCUCAAGACCGAAGCCGGUGCUCCUGUCGCCCCUGGCGCUUCUGGAGCCGCCGGCGCCUCGGGUUCGGGCGCGUCUGCUGCCUCCUCCUCUGCCAAGCCGACCCCCGUGCCCAAGAGCAGUGGUGCCGCGGCCAAUCGCGUGUCGGUUGCCCUCACCCUUCUGGCCACGGUAGCGACUGUUGUCGUGGCAUAA